CAUAAUAGUAAUUUGCCACCGUCUGUGCCAGAAGGACAAGAAAUACCAUCUGGUACUAAUCAAGUACAAGGAUAUACUAACUUUGGAAAGCAACAUAAUUAUUUUGAUAAAAUGAGGCAGAAUUCGCCCAAUGUUGCAAGCACGUUGCAUCCUAAUACACAAAGCAUGAUUCCAAAUCUUCAAAAUCUUAAUCCAAAUAUGCAAUCAUCUCCUAAUUUAACACAUGUUGGUUCUAAUGCCCAGAAUUUAUCUCUGAAUUUCCAAAAUUUGAGUCCCAUUACAACACCACAGUGUCCCAUGCAAAGUCCUGGCACUCCUCAACUCGUAGAUUCUGAAUUUCAUAGGUUAAAUACUCAAAUGACUACGUCUGGACAAUACAAUGGAAAUGCUCAGAUUUCAAACGUUGAAACAUCAUCCAGAGAUCAACAGGUGACUCAAAAUACUUUCUUGCACAAGUUGCAACCUAAAAUAUCACCUGUAGGAUCCAUCGCUUCGCAGCGACCAUUGAGCCAAUUAAGUACACAUAAUGUUAAUAAAUAUUCACAAGCAUACAGUACGCCAGAAAAUUCGUCCAUUUUGCAGUCCCAUGUAAAAAGACCAAUCGAGACGUCUCAAUCGAUGCAUAAUUUAUCAAAGUCCAAUUUACCGUCCUCUGGAAAUAGCUUGACACCUGAUCAAAAUCAAAAUAUGAAGAGUGCUCUGUCUUCGGGAAAUCUAACAGUUGGCUCAAGUUCGAGUGCGACGAACAAACAAACAGCAGAACAAAGACUCACUCAUGAACAAUUCCGAGCGGCUUUACAGAUGGUGGUAAGUCGAGGCGAUCCAAGAGAAAAUCUGGAAAAUUUUCUUAAAAUCGGAGAAGGAAGUACCGGUACGGUAUGUAUAGCGACCGAAAAAAAUACAAAUCGGCAAGUGGCAGUGAAGAAAAUGGAUUUAAGAAAGCAGCAACGACGUGAACUGCUUUUCAAUGAAGUGGUUAUCAUGAGAGAUUAUCACCAUCCAAAUAUUGUCGAAAUGUAUGAUAGUUUCUUGGUAGACGACGAAUUGUGGGUCGUGAUGGAGUACCUUGAAGGUGGAGCGCUUACAGAUAUUGUAACGCAUUCUCGAAUGGACGAAAGUCAGAUUGCCACCGUGUGUUCUCAGUGUUUGAAACCACUUGCAUAUUUGCAUUCUCAAGGUGUUAUACACAGAGAUAUCAAGUCUGAUUCUAUAUUACUGACGGCUGACGGUAGAGUUAAAUUGUCCGACUUUGGAUUCUGUGCUCAAGUAUCUCAAGAGUUGCCCAGGCGAAAGUCUCUUGUUGGUACGCCAUACUGGAUGAGCCCGGAAGUUAUUUCCAGGUUGCCGUACGGUCCCGAAGUAGAUAUUUGGUCAUUGGGUAUAAUGAUCAUUGAAAUGGUCGAUGGAGAACCACCGUUUUUCAACGAACCUCCUUUGCAAGCUAUGAGACGUAUCCGAGAUAUGCCUCCGCCAAAGUUGAAAAAUUCUCACAAAGUCAGUCCACGUCUCCAAGGAUUCCUGGAGAGAAUGCUUGUUCGCGAUCCGGCACAGAGAGCCACGGCUACUGAACUGUUGCAGCAUCCGUUUCUUAGGCAAGCGCAGAGUCCAAGUAUUCUAAUUCCAUUGAUGAGAGGUUCCAGACAUACAAAUUGC